GCUAUUGGCUCAAAGCAAAGCAAUUUGAUGUAAGAUUGUAGAAAUGAGUGGCAAGAGGAAAGGUGUUUCCAACAUCUCUGCAAAAGAACUCGGGUCAGUUUUGUUGGUCAUCGACAAAUACGCCACAUAUGAAGGUGAAAGCUCUGCCAUCAACCGGGAGGCAGCACAGGUCCUGACAGGGGCGGGGAGGAAAGUUUACUGCACAGUUCUGCAGGCUACAGAAGAGGACAGGAAGGCUGCCGAGGCUGAUGGAGUGGAGCUCAUCCUCCCAACCUGCAGUAAGGAAGACGAAAGAGAACCGUGUCUGGAUUGGCUGACCUUUGACCACAAAACCCACUAUCCCAGUCUCCCACAGGAUGUAGGGUGGAUUGUGGGUCAUGCUGGGGUCACCAGCAAAGCAGCAGCAGCCAUUCAGGAGCAGCGCUUCCCCCAAGCAAGCCUCGUUCUUGUCAUCGGGACGAUACCAGAGGAUACAGACAAGUACAAGAAUGAUGAGGAGGCCAUGGGCAUUGGGAGGAAGGAAGACUCCAUCAGAGAAGAUGCAGAGAAGGCAGAUGUUGUGUUCUCUGUGGGACACAACAUAUAUAGACACUUCAAAAUCUCAUUCUGUGCAAUUCCUGAAGACAAUAAACCAACCCACUACCUCUUCUUACCCGAACCAGCCAAGUUAUUCCAGCAACUUACUGUCCAGUAUGUGGAAAGCACUCAGAAAGUCAUCCUGUCCAUCGGUAGGGUCAACAAGGUAGAGAGGGUCAAAGGUUACGACCUUGCAGCCAAGUCCUUGGUAAGGGUGGCAGAAACAAGUCAGGAGAAGUUCCUAUGGCGGAUUUGUGAUACAAGUGAGGAGGAAUAUCAGGCCACUAUGUCCAUUCUCAAAGCCCGCAUCAACUCAGAAAAACUGAUCCCCACACUUAUCCCACACUGCACUCAGGAAGACAUCUGCGGACAGAUGCAGCAGGCCCACCUGGUUCUCAUGCCCUCCCGUGCAGAACCCUUCGGACUGGUCGGUCUGCAGGCCAUGGCUGCCGGCGUGCCAGUCCUCAUAUCUAACCAAUCAGGACUGGCCACUUUGGUUGAAAAGGUCAUCCCGAAAUUCCACCACUCUAUACUUGAAAUAGAGGGUGAUGAUUCUGUAGAUGUCGGACGUUGGGCAAGUCAGAUCAAGAAAGUCCUAAGGAUGUCCGAAGCGGAGUUCAUCAGGGCAGCUGACCUUAAGGAGAAGCUACUGAAGUCCAGAUACUGGGAGGAUUCUCAUCAACACUUACUUCAGGCAUGUGGAGGUCCUGCUGAGAGAGUGAAGAGGAGAACCCAACAGUCCUCAGGAGACAUGACGUAUGCCAGCCUGGCUGAUGGGAAUCCUGGAUCAUUCCUCCUCCUGACGUUCCUGCACCAGACUGAUGUGGACAGGUUCUACCACAACCACUACUAA